CGUCCCAGCCAAUGCACGAUGCUGGAGUUCAUCGCCAUACCCUCCGCCUCGUCCGGCUCCGGAGCCGUCUAUUACGACAUCGCUGUCAAACUUCCCCUUCGUUCCUUGGUCGUCAAGAGAAGAUACUCCGAGUUCGAGGAGCUCGUGAAUGGCAUUUGCCACGAGCUCGGAAUAGACGUCAAGGAGUUUCCGUACCCGUUACCCUCGAAGCGAAUCAACUGGUUCAAUAAUAAUACCGACUCCAUCGUCCAGGAAAGAAAAGUGCAUCUUGCCAAGUUCCUCAACUCAGUCAUCAAGGAUUCGUCAGUUCAAAACCUCCCAUUAGUGCAUAGAUUCUUGCAGAUACCACCCAACUUCGAGUUUUCCCCGAGCCUCUUCAAAUCCAAGCAAGGUGGAAGCACAAAGGAGGCGGAUUUGUUCAUCCAAAGCGACGCCAUAGACGAGAACAACUGGUUGGAGAUCGUGAGGAUCCUCAAAUCGGAGAUUAACGACCAGAAUUCCGCUCCUUCGUUGGCAGAAAAGAUCAAAUUGAGAGAGAAGUUCAACAAGGUGUACCAGCCAUGUCUUGUGAACCUCGUCAAUUCCUUAAACAGGCUUAACAUAUCCAAGCAUGAACAUGGAAGACGACAGAGCCAGUUGUCCGAGGUCAAAAACCUUUUAAACGGCUUAAUUGAUAGCUUGGAAGCCGUUCAGCGUGAAGCAUUGGUUCUGGGCCCUCCACAGGCUCGAAGAGUGUUUGGAAAACCGCAAGAAACCGCAGAAACCUUGGGCCUCAACAACAAGGAGCUAUUGCAACAACAGGUCCAGGUCCAUCAGAAACAGGACCAGGAAAUAGAGCAGCUUCGCAAGAUAAUACAACGGCAGCGACAGAUUGGAGAGGCCAUCAACCAGGAGGUUGGGGAGCAGAAUGAAUUAUUGGACCAAUUCAACGACGAGGUUGACAGGACUGCCGAUAAGGUGAAGUUGGCACGCAAGAAAGCCAGAAGUAUUGUUUGAAUUGAACGUCACUAUCAGCUGAAAUAAUGAUGAGCAAUCUCAUUGGAAGUGCUCAACGGAUGAAUUGGAUGUGAAAACAAUUCCAAAAAUCGAAUAAUUUAUUAGAAUUCGGGUUCAGCUCAAGCUAGUGGUAAAUUGAGCUCAAUCCAUUAUUGCUCAAGAACGACUAAAGAAUAUUUGGAAAGUUGGAGAUCACCAGCAAAGUCCUUCGCUAGUUUUAACUUCGAGAAAUAUGGUCCACUACGAGUUAUUCCUAAAACUUUCCAUGCCCCGACUAUAAGUCACCUCUGCUAGUUUGGUCAGCAGGUCAUCAACUAUAAAUGUACUUAAUGAUGGAAAUUAAUAUAAUUUAAUGAGUUCUAGCCGACCAUUAACAUAUCUAUUCCAAAACAAAUUUAUUGAAUAAAUGAUACUAAACACUCCC